AUGAAUGUCAAACUAUCAUGUCAGAAGUUCCCUGUCAAUCCAUCAGUUAAGGACGCAAGCGGUGCAAUAUGGUGUCAUGCUAAUAGUGCGAUUGUGGAUAGAUGUCAGAAGUGCUUUGCAUACAUCAACUCAUACGUCAAUCCAGGAGGAUCACAGCAUGGUUAUAACAAUGGAUCAUCAUCAUCAUCACCUAUAAUGGCAUAUGGUCUUCGUGAGGAGUUGAUGAAUAAUAACAUUGUGCUUCAUGUGAAUGACGACCAACAACAUUCAGUCAACAACAUCAAUGCUGCCACUGCUGCUUCGGGCGGUGACCUGAUGUCAGAGGAGUACAAUCACUAUAAGAACAACCCAAUAUAUGUUGCUGUGAUUGAUCAGUCGGGAAACCCGGAGCAGAUGGAGACAAUCAGGAAUGGCCUCGAAGCAUUGGUACAUGCACUGCCAGACAACUGUCUUUUUGGCAUGGCGAUCUAUUCACACAGGAUCGGACUGUUCAACCUAAACGACAGUGUACCAAUGCUCAAGUACAUCGAUGUAGUUGGAGGCGACUCUGCACUGGCUCAAGAGAUAAGCUUUGAUGACAUCCUACCCUUGACCUCAUUCCUCGUCAAUAAAGCAGAAUGUGAGACAAACAUACUUAAUGCCAUCAACAUACUCACUGAUGGUGUCAAUGUCGCAGCUGCUGCCGCAUCAAACUCGACUACAAAGAAGGGCGGCAAUGUCAGGACAUUGGGUCCACUCGUCUCAAGACUCCUGGACUACCUCUCAUUCGACAACAUCACCUUCAAUGUCAAGGUUGGAGUAUUCCUCAAUGGUUGCCCAAGUUAUGGAGAUGGCGUUGUUGAGAAUGACUUCACGUCGGUGGAAGCAUUGUAUGAUGAGCAGCUCAAGGCAUCAUUCUUAUUGCCAUCAAACAACUUCUUCCAGAGACAGGCAGAAAGAGCUACACAGGUCGGUGUACACUUUGACAUGUACUGCAUUGGGAACAACUUCUACGGCUUUGACACCAUCAAGUUCCUGUCGACAUCAACUGGAGGCAACCUCUAUCGAUACACCAACCUCUCUCCAAAGUGUCCACUUCCACAAGAUAUUUACAAACUCAUCUCUAAUGGAUGGGGAUUCCAUGGUCUGAUGCGAGUGAGGACCAGUCAGAACUUUAGCGUGGACAACUGCUUUGGCAAUGUCAUCGCCAGCAAGAACUAUGACAACCUGUACCACAUUGAGUCUUGCUCACCAUUCACAUCGAUUGCGUUCGACUUCAAGUUCACUGACCCAUCAGCCUUUGAAGGUGACAAGGUACCAUUCAUUCAAGUUGCAUUCUCAUAUUCAUUCCUUCCACCAGUAGAAUCAUCAAACAACAAUGAUGAACAACAAGUUAAUGAAGACACUGAACAUGGAACACAAUCAAACAUUAGAACGAUACAGAGACGACUACAUAUUUACAACUUUCAGAUACCUGUGGCACUGAAUCCAGUUGAAAUGUUCAACUCUAUUGAUCUGGAAACAACCAUCUCGCUGCUCACUCACAAGGUCAUCAAGGAGUCGUUGGAGAAGGGCAUUGGCGAGGCAAGAGUGUUGCUCUAUGAAUGGAUCGCCAAUAUCAUCACACAGUACAACGAGCAUGUCGUCAUCCUGUCCUCGGUACAAAAGACGCUGGACAUCAUGUUUAGUCAGGUCCAGCACCUGCGUCCACUGCCUCGCUACGUCUUUGCCUUGCUCAAGAGUCCUCUGUUGCAGCAGCUGAACAAGACCAAUGAGAUCGCGGCCAUCAAUCGCGGCUCGGAUGACUGGGUGUUCUGCCAGUGUCUAUACCAAUCGCUUGAGCCGCGUCUGCUGCACCGCGCAAUCUACCCCACGCUCAACACUUAUGGCGCACCCAACAACCUCGCCUACAAGUACCUGCCGCUAUCCGAGAACAGCAUCAGCGUGAGCGUGUCGCACAUCUACCUGAUGGACGCCUACGACAAGAUGAUUGUAUACUACAGUCCCCAGGUGAGCAGCCAGCAUCCAUUCCCACCGCCCGCUGACAGUCUGAUACGCCAGACCAUUGCCAAUAGCAAACAGGACCGUCUGGUCGUCCCAGAGAUCAUCUACACGCGUGGCCACCUUUCGUCGGAGGGAGGCCGUCAGUUCUCUGACUACCUGAUCGAGGAGGACAACUGGCAAGGUCAAUCAUUCAACGAAUUCCUCAAGGAUCUUGGCGAAGGUAUCAAGAAGGUGUUGCAAGAGUAA